AAAUCAUCUUGACGGAUAGAGGCACUGAAUUUAACAACCAAUGGAUAAAUGAGCUAUGCAAGGAUUGGCAGACCAAACAUCGAUUAACUUUACUGUACAGGCCCCAAACGAAUGGAAUGGUAGAAAGAUUCAACAGAACUAUAG